CAUUGCGAUGGCCUCCAACUCGGAUACUGUGUCUGAUAGUCACACGAAUAGUUUAUCAAAUAGAUCCGAAAGUCAGCCUGACAAUGACUUUACUCACAAUGAACUCAAAGGCUGGCUUUUAAAGAGGGGUCGGUUGUCCCGCAAAUGGAAAAAACAGUGGUUCCAGCUUAAAAACUGUGACCUAUAUUAUGGCAACACAUCCGAGGAGUCCAGUUUGAAAAAGAAAAUUCCUUUAACCAACGCUGACUUAUCAGAAGCAAAUGUGGAUAAAAAACAAUAUGCUUUUCGCAUUAAGAGCAAGGAAAAUGGACGCACAUAUUACAUGCAAGCAGAAAAUGAAAGUGAACAAAAUGAUUGGAUGCAGGCGAUAUGUUUUGCGAAAGCUGCUGGUAGCCAUGGAUCUAACUCACAAGCAUGUGUUAUACAGUGACAGUGCUGUACAGCUGAUGAAUGUUGAAAUACUGGGAUCAAGUUGGAUGUGGACAAUUCUUAUGAAAAUGGCAUAAAAUGGUGAAAAAACAUCUCAGAAUGCCAUUUGUGGUUGUCACCCAAAUAUUCAAGAGCUUUUGUAGUAGGUGGACACUGUCAGGAGUUGGAGUGAGAGAGGAGGUUUAGAUUGUGGGAUGAAGAAAGAACAUGGCUUAUUCACCCACAAGGUCUAGAUUUUCAAUGGAUAAAAGGAAGCUAAAUCUUAUUCCUCCUGUGUGUCAUGUCAGUUCAUCUUAAGACUCAUGGAUGUGUGGUUUAUUUUGGAAAGACACAACUUUGUCAUCUCUCCAUAUUUGUUACUGUUGUUAAUCUAAUUACAUAUUACUUUCAAGUUAGUUUUUCAAGAAAAUGCUGUGAAAAACAAGUAUUUAUUGACCAUUUCUUUUCCGACUACAUGAAAUAUUGCUAAUGGGGAUCACCAUCUUUAUAUGUCAAUGAUAUCAACAUUUAUAUGAUUAGGAAUAGGAUUUACAAAAUUGAAACUGUUUGUUAAGAUAAUGAUGUUUUCAUCUGAUAGUUCAUGAUGCAAAAUAGAUACAAAAUUAAUUUGAUAUUUUACUACAGACCAUAACAGACAUACACUACUCGUAUAGAUCAUAUUUAUAUUUGUUUUAUCUUUUCACUUGAUUCGAUUAUAGCAUUGAGAUUUGAUAAGGACUAUCAAUAUGGUUUCGUCAGUUGCAGCUAAUGCAGAUUUGUUUUGUUGUUGUUUAGCAUGUUUAGAUAACCAAUAUUUUGCAGUUGAUGCUGAAGAGUGUAGGGAUUCUGUGCAAUUAAGAUGAUUAAUUAUGGAGGAUGUUGUUUGACAUUCAGUGACAUGCUGGAUAUCCUGUUACAUACUUGUUGUGAUUCUGCGAUGGCCUUAUCUAUGUGGUUAACUCGUGCCAUCGGCUCUCUCUUGGUAAAUAUUUGGCUUUGUAAAUUAAAAGAUAUUCUGUGUCGGUCUCACCAGUAAUCAAUGCUAAUUAAUAACUGUCACCCUAAAUUCUACUGAAAAGGAUACAUGAUUGGGCAAGUGAUCUUUGUUUUGGCACAUACUGCCUUCGAGAAAAACUAUUAAUUCUAAAAGGAUUAUCAUUUUCAGCUCUAAGCUGACGUCCACCUUUUUAAUCAGAAAUGAAAAGGAAAUCUUGUGUUAUGUAUACAGGGAUUUAUCUGGACCUGCUGAAGGCCGAUAUUCGGUUCUAAGUCUGCAGCAAAUGGCAGUAAAUAUUCCCAUCUUGGAAUUUAGCUUUUUAUUAAUAGUUAUUACUAGUAUUAUCACUUUGUAGAGGUGAUUUUAUAUCACUGAUAACAGGACCAGUAAAAAGGAAGAGACAUUAUUUUAAUGGAUACAAUGUUGUAAUUCCUUUGACGUUUUAUGAACAUGAGGACUCUUAAAAACUUCCCAAGUUUGCACAAAAUUCAUUUUUUAUUCCAAUUUGCCUGCAUUAGGGCACUAAGUUUGAAACCCUAGAUAUAUCCCUGGUAUAUGUAUUUAUAUCCCAGGAUCUGAUAACAUCUUGAUAACAUCUACAAAAAAUAUGUAUUUGCAGAACUAUUUAGUUCACUUUUUUCUUGUCUGUCAUUCCUCUCCCAAGUAUGGAAUGAUACGAUGCAAUUAUGUAAUUUUGUUUAAUGAGGUCUAAUCAACCAUACUUAGAUAAGGCCAGAGCAAUGUUGUUUAGAUUUUAUCCCCACUGCUCAAAGGAAUGUACAUUAGAUUUUGAAGCACUCAGUAUUCUCGUAUUACAAACAUGCUGUAUUUGAAAUUGAGGAUGUCCAUGAUGAUUUUGGAUAGGGUUUUAGAGCCCGAGGAAUUGCCUACAUGUUAACAUGUAAAACUUCAUUUGUAAUUUCAAACACUGGACAUAGCAGUGUUGGAGACUAAGAGGGGCUUUAGGUUCUUGUGGACUGGUUUUUGAUCUUGGAUACCCCUAAACCUUUAACUUUUAACAUUAGGGCUAAAACUAGAAGACCUAUGGCUAUCAGACUUAAUUUCAAAUACAGCAUAGUAUGUGGUUUGGUGUAUGAUGAAGAUUUAGCCCUGAUUUUUGCUUACCAUAAUGAACUUAGCCCAGGAAAUAUAAUCAAAGUAUAUCUGUCCUGUGAAUAUGUGUGUUACCUUUUCGUUCUGGAUUCUAACUGAGAAACUGUUCAAGUGAUCUUCAUGGAACUGUGCACAUGUUAACCAGAUUGUCUAUUGGUGGUUACAGCAUCAACAGUCUUCAUAUUUCAUGAGGCGAUUUUACAUUUUACAAGACCAUUUCUACUGAAAUUAGGUUUAAGAUGAAAUUGUUGUUUGGGUAAGUGAUCCUUAACUUCAGGUAUUUUACUAUUUAUAAGGUUAAAGCCAACUUCAAAAACGUUUGAAGACAUCUCUGUGAACACGGUGAAACAACACACAACAACUAAGUGACCUAGUGGUGUCUUUGAUAUUUCAAUUUUUUUCCCCUUUUUUUUAAACUUUUCCCUUGAAGCAAGAUCAAAUAAAUGUUUGAUGUUAGGGGUAUGGGGUCCUUGAGGUUUGCACCCAUUGUGUUUGAAUUUAGGGACCCCAAUGUUGUUAACCUUUAACAUUAGGGCUUUGAGAAGGACCCGCUUGACUUUCAUGCUUAAUUUGUGUUGGCCAAUUUUCUCCAGUAUACACCAUCAUCAAAUAUUGGAAUGAGUACACAGAAUUAACUUACAUUACAUUUCAAUCUUGUUUUGAUGCUUUGUUUUGAGAGGUUUCUGCUGAUAUGUAUCUAUAUCAAAUUCUUUGUAUUGCUUGGUAUUCAGUGAUACAGUCUAUGUAUAUGUUUGAGUUACCAAAGUUCAACCUUCCAAAGUCUAAAAAGGAAAUGCAUACUGGUAACCAUAGUAGCUGAAGUAUGUGUGGGAUGAGGGAAGUAGAACAUGUUAUUCAGAGGUCAACAUAUAUCAGUGCUCUACAGUAUAGCCAAUUCGGAUGGGAUAUCCUGCAGAGAAUUCAACAGAAAAACACAAUACAUGUGUGUAUGUCAGCAACUCACACAGAACCAGCUUGGAUUUGAGAUCAUUCAUUGCUGCAUGUUUAACUUUUGAAAUUGUGGUUAUUUUAUUGUGGAAUGGAAAUCAUUCAAUAUUACAUGGGCUGGAUGUAAAAGUUUAUUUUAAAGGGGCGUGAUAUGGAAUGAUUAGUUUUGAAUGAAUAUAUCUUUUCCAUGCAUAUUCUUUGAUACCUAUUUAAAGGGUAAUUCAAGUGUUGAUCCCCAGGGUAACCUUUGAGUGGAGGAUCAGGACCAGUGGAAUCAUAGAGGGUCCUGGAUUCAAAGACGUUUGCUGCUCAAGUAUUGGAAUCCAGGGUGCCUCAAAUAUUGGUUUUACAGGGAUCUAUUUGGACCUGACAGAGGUCGAAAUUCGGCCCCAAGUCUGCACCCAAUGUCAGUAGAAAUUCCCAAACUAGAAUUAUAAAUUUCCCAAUUCCCCGGUGUCAUGGCUUCGGAGAGGUGACUUGUAUUUUACUGAUAACAGGACUGAUAAAGAGGAUCAAAAAGGCUGUCGUGAUGUUAGUGAUGUGUUUUACACUUACAUUGAGUACAAUGUUGAAAUACCUCCUAACCUGAGAAAAAUGCAAACAAUAAUCCCAAUUUUGAAAAAAUGAGGACUUUUUCCUAGUUUGCCUGCCAAGGGUACUUAGUUUAGAAUCCUGGUUGCAACUACCCUGCCUUGACUGUCAUGCUCAUUUUUGAAAUCCUGUGACCAUUAGAUAUUUUUCAUAUGUGGAAGACCAAUGCAAUGUUUUAACACUGCAAGUGUUCUAUGAAGAGUUCAGUAUUCCCUUUAAAAUGCAGUCCGGUUGUUACAGGUCCCCUGAUGUCGAUGUCCAUUAGGGCCAGAGUCUUCAGACUGUUACAAACAUAUACAGGCACAGUGAGCACGCUACAGGUUAUCAGUACAAUGUAUUGAUUUGUGACAGAUGUAUCAUGAUCUACACUUCUUUAUAAAUUAUCAUUUUGUAUUGAAGAGAGACCUUAACAGCAAAUGUCAAAUAUUUGGGUUUACCGUAUAUGACUGUAGAUAAGUCGAUCUCAUAAGUCGAGGUAUUAACUUGGCCCUUGAAAUCUGUACCAAAAUGUUUUGUGAGGUAGAUAAGCCUGACUCCCAACCUAAAACUACGUCUCGUCAUGAUCCGUCGUUGGCUUAUCUAUGGUCAGAUACAGUAGUCUUUUUCAGUAUCAUUUCACAUACUUUGGAUCAAAAUAAUAAAACUUAGACUCCUAUCCUAGAUGGUGUUAGCCUAUGAGGACACUCCAUAACUGUAAUUAUAGCUAAAAUGGAUAGAAUUAUCAUUAAACCGCCCGCAUGUUAUCAGAAAUGAGCGGGCCACUGUAACUUGAUAAUGCCCUCAUAUUGCUUGACGACGGGCCAUUAUCACGCCCGU